CAGUUAAUUUUGGGUUUUCUUGUUUUCCAUGUAAUUUAUCCCUGCAAUAUCACAUGCACUAUCAAGAUUUGAGAUCUUACUCCUAUUUUUGGAUACGUUUUGAUUUGGGUUUAUUGUCUACCGAUCUGCUAGACUGCUACUAACUCCAAAUCACCAACCAUAUUCCUUGUCUGUUUCUAUGACCUUGAAAUAACAUCUCUUCAUCUUUCACAAUCCUGGUCCUUCAUUGCAGCGAUUUUUGUUCAAACCCUCCAUGAAAAAACAAGAAAUUAAACCUGCAAAUCUGUAAUCCAACCCAGAUAUCCCCCAAACAACAAUGACCCAUCUCUCCCAACUCCCAAUUCCAAAAACCCCUUUUGUUUUUAGCCUUUCUAUUCGCUGUUCCUAAUUUUUGUUUACUUUUAUCCACACACACAGCCAAUCUUUUCCAUUUCAACUGUACGUCUCAGUUUCGUUAAGAAAGAGAAGAAUAAGAUCGAUCAAAACUCAAAACUGAGUUUGUUCCUCCACAAAGGCACAGACCAACCAAAUUCGAGUUCGGAUUUGUAUCUCCUUACCCAUAAACUGUUCCCAAUCCCAUAUCCAUACCCACAGGUCACUACAGGUGGUAGGCAUCAUUGGGAAUAUACCCCUUGUCCAAACACUCCAAAACUUUCCUCUAUAAAUCAACAAACCAACCCAUCUCUUCAAAACUCCAAAAUCCAUCGGUUUCUUUCUCUACCACCUUUCUUAGUUUCUCUUACUUUGGCAAAUAAAACCAAUCACAAAAUCCAAACUUCUCCGAAGCCCCUUUUUUUACUUUUCUCUUUCAACUUUGUUGACAAACGUCUCUCAGAUUCUACGAACACGCAAAAGAGAUAAAAGGAUGAAGAAAAAGCAGAACCAAAGUUCAAACUGCAACGCCGACCAGUGUCCCUGUCUGUAAACCAAGCAAACCCCAUCUCUUCGAAGAUCAAACACCCCCAAUCCACUCCAGUUUCUUCCAUAAAUCAACAAACGGCAAACCCAUCUCGGCAAACUCCAAAAUCCGUCGGUUUCCCUGCAAACUAACCCAUUCCCAUCUCUUUGGUACUCCAGAGCCUAUUAAAGUUUCUCGAUAAAAAACCAAACUUGUCUUCUCCUCCUUACUUGGUUUUUCUUUGGCAGCGAAAAUUAACUGAAAAUGAAGGAGUUUUGGACGUCUCUGGCUUCAUUAAUGGGCGUCUUCGCCUUCUGCCAAAGCCUCCUCCAUGCCGUCUUCCCACCGGAGCUCCGGUUCGCCUCCGUCAAGUUCUUCAACCGUAUCUUCAACUGGUUCUCUUCUUACUGCUACUUCGACAUCACCGAGAUCGACGGCGUGAACACCAACGAACUCUACAACGCUGUUCAGCUUUAUCUGAGCAGUUCGGCCUCGAUCACUGGCAGCCGUCUCAGCCUCACUCGGGCCCUCAAUUCAAGCGCCUUUACAUUCGGCCUAUCCAAUAACGACUGCCUGGUCGAUACCUUCAAUGGCGUCACCGCUUGGUGGGAACACGUCGUCACGCAGAGGCAGACACAGACCUUCUCAUGGCGACCUCUACCCGACGAGAAGAGAGGCUUCACACUUCGAAUUAGGAAGAAGGAUAAAGCCCUGAUCCUCGAUUCUUAUCUAGAUUACAUCAUGGACAGGGCCAGCGAGAUCCGUCGGAAGAACCAGGACCGUCUUCUCUACACCAAUUCGCGAGGUGGGUCGCUUGAUUCGAGGGGUCACCCAUGGGAAUCGGUUCCGUUCAAGCACCCAAGUACCUUCGACACUCUGGCCAUGGACCCAGCAAAGAAGGCCGAGAUAAUGGCUGAUCUUCGAGACUUCGCUGAUGGGCAAUCGUUCUACCAGACGACGGGUCGAGCCUGGAAGAGAGGGUAUCUUCUUUAUGGCCCACCUGGUACUGGUAAAUCGAGCAUGAUUGCCGCCAUGGCCAAUUACCUUGGCUAUGAUAUCUAUGAUCUUGAACUCACUGAAGUAAAUACCAAUUCAGAGCUUCGGAAGCUUCUCAUGAAGACGACUUCUAAAUCAAUUAUUGUUAUCGAAGACAUCGACUGCUCCAUCAAUCUAACCAACCGGAAGAAGCCGGCCGGGAGGAACUACCAUGACCCGAUCCCUGAUAUGCGAGGUGGAGCUGGUUCGGGUGGUGAGGAUGGUGGGAAUUCGAUUACACUUUCAGGUCUUUUGAACUUUACAGAUGGGCUGUGGUCUUGCUGCGGAAGCGAGAGGAUUUUCGUGUUCACGACGAACCACAUUGAAAAGCUUGACCCUGCGCUGUUGCGGUGUGGGCGCAUGGACAUGCAUAUCUUCAUGAGCUACUGUUCUUUCCCGGCAUUGAAGAUUCUUCUGAAGAAUUACUUGGGACUGAAUGAGGGCGAUUUAAAAGAUGAGGUACUGAAGGAAUUGGAAGCUGUGAUCGAUAUGGCGGAGAUGACUCCGGCAGAUAUCAGCGAGGUCCUGAUCAAGAACAGGCGCGACAAGGCGAAGGCGAUGGCGGAGUUAUUGGCGGCAUUAAAGAAUCGGGCGGAGUGUUACCGGAAGGGGGCGUCGAGGGAGAAGAAUUCGACGGAAGUGGAGGAAGAGGAACAGGAGAAGAGGGCAUUGGAGAUGCCGAAAGAGGGUUGUGAGAUGCAGGAAGACUGCAACAAAGGAGAGGCUGAAGAGGGGAAGAUUAACUGAGAGAGAGAGAGAGAGAGAGAGAGAGGAAACUGGAAAGGAUUCAUUUUUAGUUUUGCUCUUGAAUUUGAUUUGUGCACAUUGAUAGAAUACUAAGAAAGUGGAACAAGGACCUGUUUGGAUAUUCAAAUAUCAAAUUUUGAUGGUGGGGUUUGUGAUUCUGAAGAGAUGACAAGGGAAUCAAGGAGGAAAGUUCUAUUUUUCUCUCUUCUUUCUUGAGUUAUUUUUGCAAGUUUUAUAUCCUGUCUUGUUGUUUUUGUCUGAAUAAUGAAAGUUGACAUUAUAUGGACUAUAGAUUGCAUAA